AUGCCAGACAUGAAGGGAGUGGAGGAACCGCUGGAUAUAUAUAGAGAGGAGGAAGCGCUGGAUAUACAUAGAGAGGAUGACGUGGAGGAAGUGGACAUUACCCCCGAAGAUGCCGCUUUAUAUAAAUUGGCCCAUAAGCUGUUCGAUAAUGCCAUGAACGGCCAGUGGGAAGAAGUUGUGGGGGUCUAUAGAUCAUCAGAGAAUGUUCAUGAUAUGCGUAUCACCAAAAUGGGGGACACCGCUCUACAUAUCGCUGCUUCGGAUGGCGAAACAGAAAUUGUGCUGCACUUGUUACGGAUCAUUGGAAACGAUGCAUCCAGGAUAUUGCAAAUAAAAAACAAGAAAGGCAACACACCUCUCCAUUUAGCUGCUGUAGUGGGGGAUGUGGAAACGUGUCAUGCAAUGGCCACCAAAGACCGCAAACUCGUGUCUUCUCUCAACAAUGAGAAUGAGACCCCUCUCUUCUUGGCAGCUCUUAAUGGGCAUGAGAAAGUUUUUCUUUGCCUUCAUAGUCACUGUGAUGAAGAAAGAUGCUAUUCAUUUAGAGCAAGGAAUGGUGAUACCAUUCUCCAUGCAGCUAUGUCCGGUGAAUACUUCAGUUUGGCAUUCCAGAUCAUUUUGUGGCACCCACAACUUGUUAAAUAUAUUAAUCACAGUGGCUUAUCUCCCCUGCAUGUUCUAGCCAAUACUCCAUCAGCAUUCAAAAGCAGUAGCCGCCUUAGACUGUUCGAUCGUCUCAUAUACCAAUGUUUGAUUGCUGAAGAGCUAAAAGGGCAAAAAGUUGACAAAAAGAUUUGUCCCCGCGGCAACAAAGGAAGGAAUAUCGACAAUAGGGAUUCUGAAUCUCAAGAAUUAACUAAAUCAUGGGGAAAUAGGAUAUGUUCUUCUCUAAGUCUAGCUAAGAGAGGAAAUAAAAAGGAAGAUGCAGAGAAUCCCCAACAAAAGAACAGCUCAAUGCAAGGUACAAACCAACGAGAGGAACAGGUGGAGAUGUAUCGUUUUCUGCGAGGACUUUUGGGAAUUUCGAGCAUACAGAAAAUCCACCAAGACAAAAGGAAACAUAAAUGGGCCACUCAGGUCAUGAAUAAAUUGCUUGACCAUACUUCUUCAUACAUGUAUGCACAAAGUCCAAAAGAAACUCGACCAACAGAUGAAUCAAAAAUUACACAAGUUCCUGAACCUCCCGAAUUAGAGAAGCCCGAAUUAGAUAAGAAAAUGAAAAGGCAGCUGAUGACACCAAUUUUAAUUGCAGCAAAGAUGGGAGUGAGCGAAAUGGUGGAGAAAAUCCUAAAAAAAUUUCCAGUGGCUAUUCACGAUGUGGACUCAGAAAACAAGAAUGUUGCACUGUUGGCAGUCGAGAACAGGCAACCCCAUGUUUACAGUUUACUAGUGGACAGGAAGAAACAAAUCACAAGCUUGUUACGUCAGGUGGACAACAAUGGUAACAAUGCAUUGCAUCUUGCUGCUAAAUCUGGAAGUCAUCGGCCAUGGAAUAGUCCUGGUUCCGCACUACAAUUGCAGUGGGAACUCAAGUGGUACAUGUUUGUCAAAAAUCGCAUGCCACCUCAUUCAUCUGUUCGCUACAACAAAGAUGGUGAGACACCACAGCAGAUCUUCGCAACUUCACACAAAGAUCUUCAUAAAGAAGGCAGUAAUUGGCUUGCCAAAACCUCCGAAUCAUGCUCUGUGGUUGCUGCGCUCAUUGCAACAGUUUCAUUUGCUACAUCAGCAACUGUACCAGGUGGACUAAAUGAUAAAACUGGUUCACCGGUUUUAGAAGACAAGCCAGCAUUCAAUGCCUUCACCAUCUCAUCGCUGCUUUCUCUUUGCUUGUCAUUAACUGCCCUGGCCCUCUUUUAUUCGAUUAUUACGUCUCGAUUCAAAGUACAAGAAUUUUCCAACAGCUUGCCUCGGAAACUUCUGCUGGGUUUAACAUCACUCUUCGCAUCUAUAGCUUCCGCGUUAGUGUCAUUCUGCACAGGGCAUAUGUUUCUCCUUAAUCGACAACUGAAACACUUGGCCUAUCCAUUAUAUGCAACAACUUGCAUUCCGAUUACAAUAUUCGCUCUUAGCCUACUGCCCCUCUACUCUGAUCUCCUACAGGGAAUCUUCACAAAGGUUCCACAACAUAACCAGAUGGAGUAAACUCGAUCAUUUAUUGGCGCAACAAAUAGUGUUUGUGUUGUGUAUUGUGUAUUUUUUGUGUGGAAACAAGUAUUGGUUUUAGUGUGG